AUGAAUGAGCUCCUCAAUGGCCGAAUCCAAACCCUUCUGAUCUUCCUUCUACGCCAACAAUUUUCACUUCUUGAACCACAUCUACGCCUCACCCUGAAGUCAAGCUGGGGUGUACAUGUGGUUCAAGAAGUGAAAUUGUUGGCGAAGAAGGAAGAUCGGAAGGGUUUGGAUUCGGCCAUUGACAGCUCGUUCAUCUUGGUAUGCAACGGUAAAAAAUUUCUCGACAUUGUGGCAUAUAUAUUCAGCCUUUAA